CCUUUGUCUUAGAAGACGACAAAUCAGCAUUCUAAAGAGAUGGUCAACCUAAGGCUGCCCUCAGUUCUCUCUUCAAGAGACACUGUCUCGGGACGACUUUAAGUAGAGGUAGCCAGGCAGGGAUGAAGUUUUCACCAUCUCCUCUUCCUAAAUCCUUGUUGGACAUGGAUGUAGCCAAUUACUGCGAGGGCCUGGACCCAACCUAUAGCACAUUGGGCUUUGAGAAUGCAGAAGUGCUUUAUUGUAGUGAAAACAUGCCGACAGAGCCCAACAUCAGUCAAGGAGAAAAUGGCGUGAUCUCCAACUGCUCAAUCUGUGGCGAUAAAGCCACAGGUAAACAUUAUGGCGCCUCCAGCUGUGAUGGCUGCAAAGGAUUCUUCCGCCGGAGCAUCAGGAAGAGUCAUGUCUACUCCUGCAGGUUUAAUCGUCAAUGCGUUGUUGAUAAAGACAAAAGGAACCAGUGUCGUUUCUGCAGACUUCACAAAUGCUUUCGAGCUGGAAUGAAGAAAGAAGCUGUGCAAAAUGAACGGGACCGUAUCAGCUCGAGGAGGACCAUACAAGACUCACAUGACCUGCCGCCAAUCACGGCCCUGGCUCACGCUGAAGCUCUCUCGCAGCAGCAGAUCAACGCCGCCAGCCCAAUGGGCCCUGCUGAUGUUUCAGAGAAAAAAUCAGCCACUAUCAGUGACGUCUGUGAAUCUAUGAAGCAACAGCUGCUUGUUCUGGUAGAGUGGGCUAAAUACAUCCCAGCCUUCGGCGAAUUGCCACUUGAUGACCAGGUUAGUUUAUUACGAGCUCAUGCCGGAGAGCAUCUUCUGCUUGGUGUGGCUAAAAGGUCAAUGCCAUACAAAGAUCUCUUGCUUCUAGGAAAUGGCUGCGUUGUCCAUCGAAACUGCCCUGAGCCAGAAAUAGGUCGCGUAUCUAACCGAGUAUUGGAAGAACUGGUUCUAUCCUUCCAGGACAUCCAAAUUGACGACAAUGAAUAUGCAGCUCUAAAGGCCAUUGUGUUCUUCGACCCUGACGCCAAAAGCUUAAGAGAUCCUUCUAAGAUCAAGGCGAUGCGCUAUCAGGUUCAAAUGAGUCUGGAAGACUACAUUAAUGACCGGCAGUAUGACUCGCGUGGGCGAUUCGGGGAGCUUUUGCUGCUUCUUCCUACUCUGCAAAGCAUCACCUGGCAGAUGAUUGAGCAGCUACAGUUUAUCAAGCUUUUCGGUCUUGCCAAGAUAGAUAACCUGCUGCAGGAGAUGCUUCUUGGGGGUCUAACCACGGAGCAACCUCAUUUACAUCACAAUGGUCACCCUCAGAUUCCAAUAAUGGGACAGACCAUAGUCAUUAGCUCCAUCCCAGGACCUGCACACUCACAGCAGAUGGCAUCCCCAGAUACCCCCAUUCCAUCUCCCACUUCAGUACAGAACCAGGAGGCCUACAAGCCCCCCGGCAGCCCUGUUCUCCUGCUCCCACCACAGCCCAUGCCAAACAGACCCUCUCCCGAGCCUCCCCUUUGAGUCUCCUCUCUGCCACAGGCCCUGUGUGUUUGUACAGUAUAUGUGUAAACUGUGUGAGUUACGCCCUUCCCCACAUCCAGCACAACAUAUUUAUCUGAUUGAAAGAUUUA